AAUAAUUUUGACCAAGUAUUUAGCCCACCUCUCCAAUUUUCUUACGCAAAAUUGUGUCCACUUUUGGACUUGAUUACUACACGUAAAUCGACUUAUAUAACAACACGCGAGAAUCAUGUCGGGCAUCUUUAAUUCAUCGCGUAAGCAUCAAUCACGUAACUUUUGCAAUUGAAGGUAGAGGAAAGAAAUGCAGUUUCGCUAUAAAGUGAAAAUUAAGGAGGAAUCAAAUUACGUACGAUAUGUGAUAAUGCCAUUUACUACGGGAAGAGGCCGUGCAGAAAUUAUGUACAUUUGCUUACGCGAAUUUAGCAAAUUUAGCUUCCUAAAUAUUUGCAAACUAAUUUUAUAAAUUUGUCGGUCUGUUUUCAGCUAAAAUUUUGCCGAAAAAUUGAAACAAAAAUUUUUUGGGGGAAUUAUCCUUGAUUUUCUGAUCAGAAACGGGCAUGAAUGGGACCUUACUAACCUAUUAAUUACUCAACAUUCUUAACAUUUCCUAACCUCAGGACUGGAGUGGAAACAUGACAAUUUGUCAUUUUUCCAACUUUGUCAUUGGCAAAGUUUAAAAAUUUUCAAAAUCAAUUUUAUUAGCACAAAAUGUUUAUAAACUUUUUGAUAAAAAGAAGCUGGUACAAAUUUGUACUCCAUGACGCAAUACGUUUUUUUGGCAUAUCAUAAAUCCUGAAUUUUGUUGCAAAUAAGCGCUUUCAUUCCCAUGCUAAUUAUUUGCAUGUCUUACUAUGAUUUCUUGAAGCGCCGUGCAAGAAAUGUGGAAAAAGGUUAAAAAGAAAUCAAAUCUUGGGUGACGUUCUUUAUGGAAAUUUGUGUUCCAUGACGCAAUAAUUUUUUUUGUAUUUGGAAAACCCUGAAUUUUGCUGCAAAAAAGCUCCUAUUUCCAAGCUAAUCUUUUUGCAAAUUUUUGCCAGUACAAAAAAUGUGCAAAAAGUGUAUGAAACCAAAUCUUGGGUGACGUUCUUAAUGGGUGAGGUCUCACAUGUGUACAUAUUUUCACGAGACACACGAAAUCCAUUAUUUUGGAAUGCCUUCCAUCAUUUUUUGCCGUCUCAAGGUUGCUUCUCACCAAUUAAUUCAUUGGGUCGCUUUCACCAACCACGGGGAGACAAUUUUACUUUUAUUACCAGUAUGAAUCCUGGACUGGUUUUGCUUUUUACGAGGCAGGUCACCCAGUUUUCGGUUAGUUUGAAUCCCCUAAUUCGACUUCUUGGUUAGUUAGCCAGUGGGAUAAGUAGGUUUGCAAAAAAAAUUAUUGCAAAUUUUAUUUUGCAAAUAAAUUGGAAAUAAAAAUUUUGGACGAAAUUUUUGGGACACAUUUGGGUUCGGUUUGUUGGUGGCAAAAAUAGAAAUUUUGGCAAAAAACUGCAAUUUUGCAAAACAAAUUAGCAAAAUAAAUUCGAGUGACUUGCCCAGUUUUAGUUUGGGAUAAAUUUUGGACGCUUUAAAUCCCACACAUUGCAUAGUCUGCAUGCAAUUUUGUUGCAAAAACCACUGAAAUUUUAGCAAAAAGAUUUUAAAGAAAUUUGCAUAACAUAAAUUUGGCUUAAUUUCUUCGAGAAAAUCAUGACAAAGAAGAAGCAUCUCGACUACGAGGCGGAAUCUGACGUUGACGAUGGUAAAAAUUUACCCAAGACGUUCGAAGAUGUUUUGGAACAGAUUGGUGGAUUUGGCCGAUUUCAAGGCCUACUUCUCCUAUUUGUGCUAUUUUAUGAGAUUCCUUCCGGGUUCUUGGCAUUCGUUCCGGUCUUUGUGGGUGGCGUCCCCGCCGUUUGGCAUUGCGAUUUUGAAAUGGACGUUAGCGAUAACAACUUAUCAUUAUCCUCCAUUGUUCACACCACGAUGAUGACGUCGAGUGAAGUUUGCACAGCUUGCAGUAACGGAACUCGGUCAGCCCCUCCGUACACCAUCGUGGCGGAGUGGGAUUUGAUCUGCUCCAAAUCCUGGGUGACCGCGUCCAUCACGACGAUUCAGAUGUUCGGGAUGUUUUUCGGGAACACAAUUCCGCCCCAGAUAUCGGACUGGUACGGGAGAAAGGUGACCUUUUUGGGCCUCAUGGUUCUCAUGACGGUGGGCGAAUCCGUCUCCGCCGUGGCGCCGAAUCCGUACGUUUUUGCGGUGGCAAGAUUCAUCUGCGGGAUCGGGUUGGCAGGAUAUUUUUCGCUAAAUGGGAUUUAUACGAUGGAAUUCUUAACGCCGAGAUGGCGUCAACUCGGCGGCUGUUUGGGUCCUUUGGGCGAGGGUCUAAUGAUUCUGGGCGUGUUGGCAUAUUUCAUCCGACCUUGGCGUCUACUCCUUUGGGCCACGACGUUCCCCUUCGUCACUGUCUUGUUCGUCUAUCCAUUCCUGCCCGAAUCACCACGCUGGCUUCUCCGUCAGAAACGUUACACCGAAGCGGCCUCCGUCCUCUCGUACAUUGCGAGGAUAAACGGGCGCAAGUUGCGGCGGCGGGAUGUCGCUGUGCUGAAAGAGAUUGGCGACGAGGAGAGCCGCGCCGCCGGCGGUGGCGCCACGGUGCGCUACUCGUAUCUCGACCUAUUUCGUCGCCCCAGCAUCCGCCGGAAAACGUUAAUCUUCAUCGGAAUCUGGUUCUGCUGGGCGUUCACGUACUUCGGGCUGAGCUACAACAUUCGGAACUUUGGGGUGGAUCCCUACCUCAUGACGGUGCUGAUGGGGGGCGUGGACGCGAUAGGAUUCAGGGCAGCGUUGUUGGUAAAUAAUAGAUUGGGACGUCGCAAAGCGCUGCUCGCCUUCACCGGAAUUUCCGCCUUGUUCUUUCUUCCGGUCGGAUUUAUCCAACUGUUCAGUCCGCCAGGGGCUUAUCAGUCGAUCUUCAUCCCGCUCAUCCUUCUCGGGAAGAUGUGUGUGGCGGGGGCGCGAUCUGCGGUACGAGUUUUAACCGUGGAAUCGUAUCCCGUAUCAAUUCGUACGAUGGGAUUUGGCGUGUCGAGAGUGAGUUCAACGCUGGGAGGGAUGAUUGCACCGCAGAUUGCGUAUCUUGGGUCGAAAUGGCCCUCUCUCCCUCUUUUUGCCUUUGGAACGUUAGGAUUUCUGGGCGCGUUGCUAUCCCUCUUGCUCCGAGAAACGAGUGGAAAACCGUUAGAGGACAAAUUAAAGGAAGAUACCACCGGAACCCAAGAUAAGCAUAAAUUAGAAGAUAAGGUCAACAACAAUAAUAACAGUAGCAGCACCACCAGCAGUGGUGGUGGUGGAGGAAAAGGUAAUAAAGUGACCCCACUUCCAGCUCUUCUUGUCCCAGACGCCUUUAAACAUUCCAACGAAACCAAUAAGAACAAGAAAAAGGGCGACGAAAAGCGAAAGAAGUCGAAGAAGAAAAAGGGCAGGAAAUUAAGAUCAAAAUCUAUUUAAAUAUUAAUAAAUUUCCAAUAAUUUGAAUAAAUUCGCCAUUUCUAAUUUAUUUCGAAAGGGAAAGUUUCACCAGUGUAAAAAAAAUUCAGGAGAAGAAAUUCAUAUAAAAAAUUCAUGACAAAAAAAUACUUACUGAACAUUUGUGUUUUACAUUUCCACAAGUAUUUAGAAACACGCCACGACCACAAAUGUCGAUAUUUAUUUACCUGUUGAUGAGAAAUUCAGCGUCUUAAUAUUUGAAGGAAUAGCUUUCAUUGCGUGCAGGUAUCCUCCCACGGGACAAUAUUGUCCCGACGAGACGAGAGCUCAACAAAUUAAUCACAUCAAGUAUUUAAUACCCAAUAUUUACAUAAGUAUGUCCACCACUCGAAAAUAUAAGAAAGGUGGGCGAGGGGUCAGACAGGCUGGAUGUGACCUCAAAUUUGACCCCUCCAUGUAAAGAAAAAUACUAGAUUCUUUCUGUACGUUCCCCAGGAUUAAGAAUUUCUCCGUAUUUUCGAUACUAUUCAUGUCGUGUAAGAAAUUGGUUUCCCGUUUUUCUGAGCCCUCUUGAAACUUGGGGUAAACAAAAGAAAGGAGCGAGGAGAACAAGGGGAUGGAUGCAUAUUAUUCAUAAUUUAAAUACUUUGAAUCCAAUACAUCCUGGUUUUACAAGAGAUCGAUAAGUAAGUAAAAUGAGAGAAAAGCCUGGUUUUUAUCGAUUUUAACGAAGAAUAAAUAUUGAUGGGUUUCAUUUAACAAAGUUUUUAGUUUUAAGUCGGAGGAGGAGGAGAAAGCUGGGCGGAGAAAGUGGGCAUGUAUGCUUGGGUGAAAGUUUGACUAUUUUGUUUUUAUGGAUUAAGUACUUAAUGUGAUGUGAAAAAGAGGGAAUGAAAUGUGGGAUGAAUUUUAUAGAGGAUGAAUUAAGAAUGAAUAUUUGUAGAUAUGUAAAGAAGUGUAUUUAGAUUUGAAAUUUUGUUGAUUAAUAAAUUCGAAUUUUUAAUUGAAAAUUUUGAGAAUCGGAACUUGCAAAAAUUAUUUAAUACAAUUUUUAUAAUUUUGUAAGGAUAAAGUACAAAAUUCUAUUGUUUAAUGAAGUGAAAAAUGAUUAAGAAAAUUAAAAUUGAAAAAUAUUU